AUUGAUUCAAGAAAGAUAGAGUUCUUUUGAUGGGGAUUCUCUGUUGUUGCACUUCUGGUCAAUCAAAUCCAGCCCUAGAUACCGGCCCUGCUCCUGUUGUACUAGCCCCAGUAUCAAUCCCUGACCCAGACAUAGCUCCUACCUCUCCUGGACAUCUCUUAGAAGGUGAAAUAUCAUUUCUGGUUAGCGAUGUCACCGUUAACAACUGGUUCUCUAUGGUAACCAUGACUUUUACAAGGAGGAGGUCCGCUGCUUUGGGAAAAAAUGCUCUUGAGGACAUUGAACUGCCAGCCCUUCCAGAUGAGAUACCAGAGUCAAAGUUGAGAGUUUUCACGUUUGAACAAUUGAAGACAGCAACCUUCAAUUUUAGAAGUGAUAUGUUACUGGGAAAAGGAGGUUUCGGCAGUGUCUACAAGGGUUUGCUCAAAGAAAAGUUGUUAUUUAAAGGAUAUACCAGGAAACGGCGGAUUGCUGUCAAGAAAUUGGAUUCUGACAGCAAGCAAGGUCUUCGACAGUGGCAGACAGAGGUCGGUUUCUUAGCAAGGGUUUCUCAUCCAAACAUUGUAAAGCUGCUAGGAUACUGUCAGGAAAUUGAGAAUGAAGAGUUGCUUAUUGUCUAUCAAUUCAUGAAGAAAGGCAGUUUAAAUUACCAUUUGUUUGGAAAGCGCUCUGAUCGGCUUCUUCCUUGGGAAACAAGGUUAAAGAUUAUAACAGGAAUGGCUCGAGCCCUAUCUUAUUUGCAUACAAUGGAAAGGCCAAUAAUUUUCAGAGAUUUCAAGACCUCGAAUAUAUUGCUUGAUGAGACCUAUACCCCGAAACUAUCAGAUUUUGGCUUGGCAAAAUGGGGCCCCAAUGACGGUAGUUCACAUGUAACAGGAAAUGUUAUGGGCACAUAUGGCUAUGUUGGUCCUGAAUAUAAGAAUGGAGGGAAGUUGUAUGUAAAGAGUGAUGUGUACAGUUAUGGGGUAGUAUUGAUGGAGAUGCUGACAGGCUUACGGGCAAUUGACAAAAAUCGGCCGCCAGGGCAAAGGGACCUGCGGGAAUGGGCUUUACCGUUUCUUUCGGAUAGAACAAGGUUAAGACAUAUAAUGGAUCCCAGACUGCGGGGUAAAUAUGGGACCAAACAAGCUUCAGAAAUAGCUGUACUUGCUGUUAGAUGUGUCAAAGCAAAUCCCACAUUCCGGCCAUCUAUGAAGGAAGUUGCUGAGACAUUGGAUAGAUUGAAUCUCCAGAAGUAGCAAUAGCAGGCCGGCUAUUGAUUCAAGAAGCAGUUGAUACAAUGGAUUGAACUUCGAUUGUGGUUUAUAUAAACAUGUUACAUAUGUAAAUUGAGAAACACUCUGAUCAUUUCUGGUCCUGCAAGAUUUAGUUUGUGAUCUGUUUCACUUCCACAAUGAGAAGAAGUGUCUUUGGUGUGUAAAUAAUGUAAGAAGAUAAUUAAGACGUGCUUAAUAUACAGCUUAGGCAACACA